UUACUAUAAGGUGACAAUCGGUAAACUUUGGAAUCAAAACACGGCAUUUAAUGAGCUGCCAUAUUUGUUAAAUCAUAACAGACAGAGAGAAAAAAAAUGACGAUUAUACGAUAUAGUUGUGAAAAAAAUGAUAAAAUCUUCCACAGAAGACUAAGUUUAUGAUAUAUACAUUCAUUGGUUCAAGAAUUGGAUAAACAUUAUUUUUCACCAAUCACUUGUUUCAUAGGACUUUAAUUUGAUAAAGUACACACUUCUAUAUCUGAAUGUGUUCAAAUAUGCAACAGUUAGGUUAGCAAAUUUUAUCUGUCUGUAAAAAAUACUUGUUAUUUCUGAAAUAUAUUUUCAAAGGAGAAUUUGCAUUUUUUAUACCUGUUUCAUGCACUUGUCUUACUACUGCUAAUAUUUUCUUAUCUUCUAAAAUGCAAGGACAUAUAAUGGACCGGAUAUUUUGGUGCCAGGAGAAGGCGGAAUGAGUGUUUUCUACCUCCUAAAUAUAUUUCCGGAUUUUGCUAAAAUUGCUGUUUACAUUUUUGCAAAAUCCCACUUGGACCAUUAUGUACAGCAGUAUCAUAAAGUUGACAUGGAUAACAUCAAAAAGGCCCUAAACAACAGAGGCCAAAGCAGGACGGUCAGAGACCUGUUAAUUGAGGAGGCCAAAAACCUAUUAACAGAUGAAAAAAUGGGUCCUGCAGCAUUAAUGUUUACUGCAGGAUACUUAAUGAAAGAGCUGGUGAUAUACCAUGAAGAGGGGGUCAAUGACUACUUGUGUGCCUGUCCUUGUGCUCAAGGGGUAGAAGUGCAGCACAUCUACCAUGAUAAAGGGGACAACUUCUACCCCUUAUCCCAUAAGGAUCUAUGGAGAGCUGAUGGCCCAAGUACCCGUUCCAAAAUCAGAGACAAUUACCAGACAUUGGAAGAGGAUAAUAAAGGAUGCUUACCAGGAAUGGAAUCAGAUUCAGUAGUUUUUCAGCGAUAUGGCCAUGAAAUCUGGCAGGGAGACAUAAAUAGACUGUCAAAAGGUCAUUGGUUGGAUGACAGCAUUGUUUAUGUUGCAAUAAGACAUCAUCAAGAGACAUAUGCAACAGAAGAUAGUAUUCACACAUUUGAUCCAGUCUUCAGCAGGAAGCUCUUGGCAAAAGAAAAUUGUCCUGAUGAUGGUUCUAGGUUGAUCCUCCACUCAUGCAAUAUAGAUCUUGUGAAUGCCUAUAGCCGGAGAAUUGCAUUUGAAGAGAAACGGUUGAUAUUGGUCCCAAUAUGUGACAAUACACACUGGAUUCUGGCUUCCUUUUGCCCCAAGACUUUCACUGUAACCAUGAUGUGUUCAAUGGGAGGUUGCUAUCGGAAGACAGCACAAUCACUUGGAAGAUACUUUGCUGCAAUGUAUGCAAAAUCAUUUGAGGAAGUUAAAAUCAGUCAUGCAAAGGUUCAAAAGCAGCAAAAUGGUAAUGAUUGUUGCGUAUUUGUAGUUGGAUAUGCUGAUCAAUGUUUACUCAAGAAUGGGAAUCUUGAAGAUUGGAAGGUCAAAGGCAGAUCACAACUUCUGAAAAUAAUUAAAAAAAUGUAUUAA